GCAGUUACUAAACAAAUGCCGGGUUGUUAAUAUCGUCGUACGUUCUGUAAAAUACUUUUUUACACGUGUCAAAUUUACAAGUUUUAUUGUAAAUAACAAAGAAUAAUAGUUAUAAAAUAACACGAAGUUCAUAGUUUAUUUAUUUUUAUUAUAACUUUUAUGUUUAGUUCUCGUCGAAGUUACUUAAAAUAACGGAAGAAUUUUGCAAAAAUAAUAAUAAAAAGAAACAUCGCUACGUCUACAAAAAUUUAAAAAAAAAACUUCUAAUUAACUGACAACUAAAUAUACAAAUAAUUAUGCUUGUGGAAUAAAAUAGUUUAUUGUUUAUACCUAAAUGUUUAUAAACAAUAUUAGUUUAGUGUUAUUAAAACAACAAUUGUGUAAACAACAUUUUAUAUUUAAAUGUUAAAAAAAGUGUAAUCAGAGAAAUCAGUGUUUAAUAAACAUAAUCAUCAUCAUCCCUUAUCAGUAUUUAAUAUUGAAAUAUCUGUAAUAAAAUAAAAACAAUAACAAAACAGUUAUGUCUGAACGUUAUGGUAGCAAUGUUACAACAAAUUUAGUCGAAUUAACAGAUCGUAAUAAAGCAACAACAACCACUAAUGACAAUGUCAAUGAUGCAACAACCACAGAUUUGGCUGCUGAGGAGCAUGCACCGCUGGAAGGUGCUGGUGCUGAUGAAAAAAUCGUACUUAAACGUAAAUUAACAUUAAUGAAUGGUGUCGCAAUAAUUGUGGGCACCAUUAUCGGUUCUGGCAUAUUUAUAGCGCCAACUGGAGUUUUUCAAAAUACUGAAUCAGUUGGCAGUUCACUUUUAAUUUGGGCAGCUUGUGGUAUUCUAUCAACUAUUGGAGCUUUAUGCUAUGCUGAAUUGGGCACUAGUAUCACACGUUCAGGUGGAGAUUAUGCCUAUUUGUUGGUGGCAUUUGGUCCUCUAGUUGGAUUUUUAAGAUUAUGGAUUGCUCUGUUAAUCAUACGACCAACUACACAGACAAUUGUUGCCUUAACAUUUGCACAGUAUGCGGCGAAACCAUUUUUCGAAGAUUGCAAUCCUCCAGAUAAUGCCGUUAAAUUAUUGGCUGCAGUUUGUUUAUGUUUCUUAACGGCCAUUAAUUGUUUAUCGGUAAAAUGGUCUAUGAAGGUGCAAGAUAUUUUCACUGCUGGAAAGCUGUUAGCUUUAGUUAUGAUCAUUUUAGCUGGUAUCUAUCAAAUGUGUUUGGGUCAUACUGAGAAUUUCGAAAAUAUCUGGGAGGGCAAGUAUGGCAUAGAAAAUAUUGGCUUUGCUUUCUAUUCGGGACUAUUUGCCUUUGGUGGUUGGAAUUAUUUGAAUUUUGUAACCGAAGAAUUGCAGGAUCCUUACAAAAAUCUACCUCGUGCUAUCUGGAUUGCCAUGCCCCUGGUGACGGGUAUUUAUGUACUCGUAAAUCUGGCCUAUUUUGUUGUAGUCUCUAAGACUGAAAUGUUAAGUUCUCUAGCGGUGGCGGUAACAUUUGGUAAUCGUAUGUUUGGUUCACUGGCAUUCAUGGUACCGAUAUUUGUGGCUUUAAGUACUUUUGGCGGCGUUAAUGGUGUGUUGUUUACAUCGGCCCGUUUAUUUGCCACUGGUGCUCAAGAGGGACAUUUGCCCAAAUUCUUUCAACUUUUUCACGUUAAACAACAAACUCCCAUACCAUCAUUGAUAUUUUCGUGUCUGAUGUCUAUAUUGAUGUUAUUAUCGGCCGAUGUUUAUGCUUUAAUCAACUAUUUCAGUUCCAUUUUAUGGCUAUCGGUGGUGGCCAGUAUUGCGGGCAUGUUGUGGUUAAGAAAAAAGAGGCCUGAUAUACCUCGACCUAUAAGAGUCCAUACCGCUUUACCGAUAAUUUUCAUAAUUUGCUGUAUAGUACUGGUGCUAAUGCCUAGUUUAACACAACCCAUGAAUCUUUUGGUUGGCAUUGCCAUUACUUUAGCGGGAGUGCCUUUCUAUUAUUUGUGCAUUGCCUGGAAGGAUAAACCCAAAUAUUAUGGCCGCAUAUCUUAUGCUAUAGUAAAUGUAUGCCGGGCUCUUUUUAACACCAGCAUAAUUGAAGCAAAUAAUGAUGUGAAAAAUUAAAUCAGGACUAAUUUCAGCUAAAAAAAUAUUAAAAAUAAAAUCCUCAAUGUCACUUGUGCAUGUGUGUGUUUGACCCCCCUUCUCAUUGAAAAUUAUAACAGAAAUACUUUAAAAUCUAAUCGAAUAUUUGUAGCGUUUGUUGUGACAUUGACACUAGUAUUUUGUGUACAAAACUUAUAAACAUUCAUAAGUGUCCCUCGCUUAACUUGAUAUUAUUUUGUAUGUGUUUUUGUACUUAAAUUUAAGUUUAAAAAAAAGUAUUUCUUUGCCUUUGAAUCUAAUGCGUUUGUAUUUAAAAUAGAUAUUUAAGACACAUUAAGAUACUCUUUAGUACAAUUUCUUAUUUAAUUCCAUUUAAUUUAUUUUAAUGUUAAAAAAUUAUAAAGAUUUCAAAUCGUAUGCUUGUAAAAUGAUGUUUAUAUAAUUUAUUAUUCAUGCUUGCAUUUAAAACAACGACCGUAUUAGGGAAACUUUGUCUUACAAAAAAAAAUCAAUAAAUAUUUUAAAUUAAUA